AUGAGUAUGGCUGGGUUUUUGAUAUCGAGACGACAUGCGGUCUCUCUGUUCGCGUCGCCCCGCCUUCCCCGCAUCUCCUACCAUCGAUCCAACAGACAGCAUGCUUUUGUACCAUGUCGCUCGUAUGGGACAGAAUCACCAGUGGCGCGGCCUUCCGCUGCGACUGGAGACAGUCGAUCUGAGAGUCAUCGCCCUGACCCAACCCCCCCGGGAUUGACAACCCCCGCGACUCCCUCCGAGAAAGACCCCGCACAACGAUGGUCAGCCCUCAAGUCUGCAAAACCCUUCUCGGAUUUCCUGACCGAUACCUUCCAUCGUCAGCAUGAUUACCUUCGAAUUAGUGUCACCGAGCGCUGCAACCUGCGAUGUCUGUACUGCAUGCCCGAAGAGGGAAUCCAGCUGUCACCGUCCGCCCACCUCCUGACCUCCCCCGAGAUCGUCUACCUCUCGUCGCUCUUCGUGUCCCAGGGUGUGACGAAGAUCCGACUGACGGGCGGAGAGCCCACCGUGCGCAAAGAUAUCGUGCCGCUGAUGCAGUCGAUCGGGGAACUGCGCCGGCAUGGGCUCCGGGAGCUAUGCCUGACCACCAACGGAAUCUCCCUGCACCGCAAGCUGGACCCCAUGGUGGAGGCGGGCUUGACGGGAGUGAAUCUGAGUUUAGAUACGCUCGAUCCCUUUCAGUUCCAGAUCAUGACGAGGCGGAAGGGGUUUGACGCCGUGAUGAAGAGCAUUGAUCGGAUCCUGGAGAUGAACAAGGCGGGCGCGGGAAUCAAACUGAAGAUCAACUGUGUCGUGAUGCGCGGGCUCAAUGAUCGUGAGAUCGUCCCGUUCGUGGAGAUGGGACGCGACCGUCCCAUCGAGGUACGAUUCAUCGAGUACAUGCCCUUUGACGGCAACAAGUGGAGCCAGGGCAAGAUGUUCUCGUACCAGGAGAUGCUGGCAGUCAUCCGGGAGAAAUACCCCACCCUGGACAAAGUGCCCGACCACAAGAACGACACGAGUAAGACCUACCAUGUCCCUGGGUUCCAGGGUCGGGUGGGGUUCAUCACGAGCAUGACCCACAAUUUCUGCGGGACCUGCAACCGCCUGCGCAUCACCGGCGAUGGCAACCUGAAGGUGUGCCUGUUUGGCAACUCGGAGGUUUCCCUGCGGGAUGUGAUCCGCAAGCAGAACAAUGGCGAGCCAAUAGAUGAUGUCGCACUACACGAGUUGGGCCUUCUUGAAGCGGCCGAAAAAGCGGCCGAAGUGCAUGAUCAAGGAGGAUUGGUCAAUCCCAGGGAGCGAGAAAUGCUAGACAUCAUCGGCGCCGCGGUCAAACGCAAAAAGGCCAAACAUGCCGGCAUGGGCCAGCUCGAGAACAUGAAGAACCGCCCUAUGAUUCUGAUCGAUAAUGGACGUAUGGCCAGGUCUCCAAUGGCGAAUACACAGACAACCAUCCCACUGCAUUUGCUUCCCUCUGCCUUUUCUGCGGGCCAGAUCCGGUUAUAUCACCAGAAACGUAGCAGUUCUUCGUCCCGUCGGGGAACAGACACAUUGCCCAAGAACCCGCCGUCGGCCUCGCUUCCAACGACGUCGGAUCCCGACCUUCCUCAUCUUACGCCCCAGCACCACGUACACAUGACAAAGAUCGGCCAGAAGCCGGUCACAGAGCGACAGGCCACGGCGUGUUGCGAAGUGCACUUCUCCAACCCCCGUCCGUGGGAGUUGCUGCGCGACGGAGGCAUCACGCGCAAGGGAGAUGUGUUCAGCGUCGCCCGCAUCGCGGGAAUCAUGGCUGCGAAGAAGACGCCCGACAUGAUCCCGUUAUGUCAUCCCGGGAUCGGCAUCACCGGUGUCGAGGUGGAUGUGCAGCUGGCGGAGCCCGGCUCCCCCUCCGGUGGUGACACCAUGGGCCACGGUGCCAUGCAGGUGCGGGCGACUGUCAGCUGUCUCGGUCGCACGGGCGUCGAGAUGGAAGCCAUGACGGCGACUAUGGGCGCCGCAUUGACUGUGUACGACAUGCUGAAGGCUGUGGACAAAGGGAUGGUCAUUGGUGGCGUUCAAUUGCUGGAGAAAAGGGGGGGGAAGAGCGGGCAUUGGAUCCGAGAGGAUGAGGUGAAGGGCGCUUCAGAUGGACAGUGA